AUGAAGCUUGCUUCAAUGCUAACGCUCCUCGGAGCGACGGCUCUGGUUCAAGGCAAGGGAAAGAAGGACCCUGAGCCAACUACAUUCAAUGGUGUCGAGGUUCCCCCGUUAUUAGAACUCACUCCCGAUAGCUAUGACAAGGAGUUAAAAUCUUCGACCUUUGUCAUGGUCAAGCACCACAGCCCUUAUUGUCAAUUCUGUCUCGAGUUCGUCCCCACCUACCAAACCGCCUACGAAUUCUAUUACACCUCGCAACCGGAGGGCACCGACAAGAGCUUCAGCGAGUUUUACGACUUCAAGUUCGCGUCGAUAAAUUGCGUCGCGUACUAUGAUUUCUGCGCAGAUCAUAAUGUGACGUCGUGGCCAACAACUGUUCUGUUCAAGAACGGAGAAGUGGACGGCAAGAUUCGCGGCGCCAAGAACAUGACUGUUGUGACCAACGUCAUCGAGAAAGCCCUUGAGAAGGCCAAGCCUGGUUCCAGGCCAAAGAAGCGAAUAAUCCCCAAGCCUGGUGUUGAUCACGUCGACUCUGCCGAGACCCCGAAGUCCGACAAGACGGAGGAUGUAGAUGAGCAGCCGGCCACGACGGGCUCCAGCGCUAAGGUGAAGGCCGAUAAGGUACCUGCUGAAGAGGUCGAGAAAAAGACGGCCGAAGAAGAUGACACCGAAGAGAUCGAGGAGAAGAGGGCUGAAGAGGACGUUGUCGAAGUCGCCAAGGAGACAAAAGCAGCUAAUGACGUUCCCGUCUUCCCUACCCCGAAUAUCCCCUUCCCGACCCGGGCCAAGUCAACGGCAACUCCUAACAAGGAAGGAAUCUCGACCCCCCUUACCGCCGAGUCGUUCCAUGACAAGGUUACGAUGACCCAAGACCCUUGGUUCAUCAAGUUCUACGCCCCCUGGUGUCAUCACUGCAAGGCUCUUGCUCCCACUUGGGAUCAGGUUUCCAAGGACAUGAAGGGUCGUCUCAAUAUUGGCGAAGUCAACUGCGAUAAGGAAGCUCGUCUCUGCAAGGACGUCGGUGUCCGAGGCUAUCCUACAAUUAUCCUUUUCCGCGGUGCGGAGCGUGUUGAGUACGACGGUCUGAGGGGCCUCGGCGAUUUGCUUCACUUCGCUGAGGGCGCCGUAGACCUGACUAACGGUGUUCCCGAGGUCGACGCCGAGUCUUUUAAGGCCCUGGAGCAGAAGGAGGAGGUGAUUUUCGUCUAUUUCUAUGACCAUGGUGCUACGAGCGAGGAUUUUAUGGCCCUCGAGCGUAUUCCCAUCCACCUUGCUGGUCGUGCCAAGCUCGUCAGGACCCGCGACCCCGAGAUGUUCAAGCGCUUCAAGAUUACUACGUGGCCGAGACUCAUGGUCUCUAGGGAAGGACGUCCCACUUACUACACUCCCAUCAUGCCCAAGGACAUGAGGGAUGUUAAUCAAAUGCUUCAGUGGAUGAAGUUCGUCUGGCUCCCCAUUGUUCCGGAGUUGACCGCAGCCAACGCGCGUGAGAUCAUGGAUGGCAAGAUCGUCGUCUUGGGCAUCCUCAACAGGAACAACGAGGAGUCCUUCCGAGAUGCCCAACGUGAAAUGAAGAGCGCCGCCAACGAGUGGAUGGACAAGCAGAUUCAACUCUUCCAGCUUGAGCGACAGGAGCUUCGUGAUGCUAAGCAGCUGCGUCUCGAGGAGGCGAAGGACCGGAAUGACGAACGAGGAAUCCGACAGGCCAAGGCUAUCCGGAUCAACAUGUCCAUGUCGGAUAAGAAGCAGGUCACCUUUGCCUGGGUUGACUCCGUCUUUUGGCAACGCUGGAUUAGGACCACCUAUGGCAUUGAUGUUAAGGACGGCGAUCGUGUUAUUAUCAAUGAUGAAGACAACCGUCGAUACUGGGACACUACCAUCACGGGUAACCUCAUUACUCCUUCGCGCACCUCGAUCAUGGAGACAAUCAGCAAAGUCACCGCGUCACCGCCCAAGAUCAAGGCCAAGCUGACCAUUUCGAGCUUCGAGAAGGUCUUCUUCGACUUCCGCAUGGCCUUCGUCGAACACCCCUGGCUCUCCCUCGGCUGCACCUUUAGCAUUGCCCUUGCCGCACUAUCCUGGUUCCGUGGCCGGCUACGAAGGACUCGUCCCAACUUCAGACUCGAAGACGCCAUGGGCAUCAAGGAGUUGAAGGAGGGUCUGCUCGGGGGCGGAAGCUCUAACAGCAACGGCAAAGUGGACUAA